UGUAUUUUAUUAAAGGAAGGAAAAAAGAAGGGAAACCUUUAUAAUGAUAAUAGAGAAAAUAAGUAUUUAGCUAGUAGCUAACAGAGAUCACAAUUAUGUUUGUUUCAAGUUUUCUUCAGCCAUUUGUUGGGAAUACGUAUACAUAUUUUACUAAUUUUGCGCAUGCGCACUAGCGAAAUUCAUAAAAAAGGUUGUAGUUAGAAUACAAGACGGUAUGCAUUGAUAAUGUUGAAGUUUUUUCAUCAGGAAAACAUUAAUUAGUAGAAAAAUAAAACGUCGUAAGUUUAGCGUAAUGAGUGGAAAAUCAGGUAUAGUGUAAGCAGAAAAAUUGUGGAUUCAAAUAGUCAGGUUGGUUGUGGCUAUCGCACGAAAUUUAGAUCUUUAAUGACAUAACCUGAUGCGCUUGUCAGUUGAUUGGUGGAUCUAAAAUACGAGAUCUGAUAUAGUAACAAACAUUCCAACGAAAUAUCAGGGCAUAGUUAAUGUUGAUAUAUAAGGCAUAUUUACAUACAUAAAUGCCCUACAACUAAAAGGCGUACAGCUCUACGCUACACCGGUGAGUUCCAACACAAAAUAUUGCUUGGUAGUACGGCGGACACUCAAAGCCAACUAACCAUGUCUGUACAAAGUGUUGCUCUGGCAUCUCUCACGGCCACCUAUACCGACUCGGAGGGCGAAGACGGGGUGGAAGACGACCUUCAGGAGAAUUCGAACACUCCCCAGGGGGCCGCCCCGCAUAAUGCCCAAGUCGGUCAGCCCCAGGCUUUCACCAGUCCCAAAUCUGGCACAUCAGCCUCAAAUAGUCCCGUUGUUGCACCCAACGUCGGUGGCAAGUCUAGUAACGAUUUGUCAAAUGCGCCCACCUUAGUAACAGAUGUGACAUCUAAGGUGCAAAGAUUGGUUUCAUACUUUGAUGAUACAAUAGUCUCCGAUGACGAGGGAGUGGUACAAACACAAAUCGAUGGACAGCCUUUUGAAAAUGGAAGGCCCUCCUCGAUUAUGGAAUGCUCUCCCUCUUGUCAAGGAGAACAGUUAGUUUCAGAUAGCGAGGUGGAUCCCUAUGGCGUUGUUAUACCACCAGAGCCAUCAGGACAGUGUCCUGUGGAACUACAGGAAAAGAUAACAAAACUUUUUAGGAAAAUGGAGAGCGGCGGUUUGGAUAUGAACAAAGUUAUACAACAAAGGAAGGAUUUUAGAAAUCCAUCCAUUUAUGAAAAACUCGUUCAAUUUUGUAGCAUCAAUGAAUUGGGUACUAAUUAUCCUCCUGAUAGAUUCGAUCCAUUUAAGUGGGGUAAAGAUUCGUAUUACGAGGAGCUCGCCAAAGUUCAAAAGGCAAAAAUGGAUAAACUCGAAAAGGCUAGGAAAGAGAAAACAAAAAUUGAAAUUGUUUCUGGUACAGCUAAGCGACCCAAUAGUUCUAGUACAAUGGAAGAUGAUGCUAAAAAAAGAAAAAGUAAAUGGGAUCAAGUUGCAACUGGAGCUACUGCCUCGAUAAAGCCAACUGUGCUGUUAUCUCAACCAACUCUUACCACUUUAACAUCAUCUGCAACUGGCACCAAAGCAACGGUAAUAUCAGCUUUUGGAUCUUUACCAAAGAAAAGACUGUAACAUACCCUGUAAAUCAUUUGUAAAUAUUAUGUUUUUCGAAAAAGCAACAGUUCAUCCUUCAUUUAAUGUUGUUCCAUAUAGAAAAGGAAAUCGCAGUGGAUUUCGCAUAAAUGUGAAUAUAAUAUAGACUUGCAUAACAUGCGAUAAUAUAUUCAUAUAGCCAUACAUAUUAUCCAUAAGAUUGAUUUAUCAAAUUUAAUUGUUGAUUUUCUUGAACAAAAAACGAAAACAUAAACUGUUUUGAAAGUAUAUCCUUAGUAUGACUUCUGUCAGAAUGAUUAUCAACAAGGAUGCAUCAAGUCGAUAGCUUUCAAUUAUAUAUACAGAAAAUUAUGCAAGAGGAGAGAAGAAACAAUAUAAACUAAGAAAGAAAGAUUUCUUAGAAAAGGGAAGAUUUUGAAAUUAAUGAAAUGAGAAAUAAGGUAUUGAUCGACCGUUAUAUUGAGUUUUUUUUUGUGUUUCUUUCCUCUAUAAUAUAUUUUUAAUUUAAGAUAAAUUUUGAUAUUUAUGUAUACUUUUUUCGUGACAUUAUUUUCCACAUUAAUAGUGUCUUACUUAGUGGACUAAAAGAAAGGUAUAUAGGAGAUAUAAAUAAAGGUAAUAGGAGAAAAGCAGAUACAACGAUAACGUUUAUUAUGAAGGGAAUUUCCUUUUCUUUUUGUGAAUAUAUUUAUAACAUUUAGGUAUUUUUAUUUUAUUAAUCGACGAAUACCAAAAUACUGUGUAAAAUAUGUACAUUAUAACAUGUGUUGCCAUUAUAACGAAAAAUUUAGAAACCAAUUGAAUCUUUUUGAAUUAAAAUUAUAGUGAAAAAAUUAUUAUUUGUAAAAAUAAUUGUAACGAACAAGUUCAUCCAAAUAAUUUCAACUAGAAUUACAAUUACUUAGUUUCUUGUAAAUCGAAAUAAAUGGUUAUAAUGAUACUUUUAUAAGAAAGAUUUGUAUGUUUAGUGUCCUGUGCCCGACUAAAGUAACACAAUGAAAGUUAUAUGCAGUCAAUUUCUUUUCAUGAUUGUCAAGUAGGUCAGAUCAGAUGUUAAAUUAUAUGUAUAUAUAAUAUGUGAAUACGUGUAUCCAUAGUCGGAAUGUUUGUAUAUGCAAAUUGACCGAGAUGCUCGAAGAUAGUAGAUAAUAGAUAUUAGAAGAUAAUCAGAUAUAGAUAAAAUAUAAUUAAAUUCAAUUUUAUUUCAAACCUUACUGAAACGCGUAUGUACACAAUACGAGUAUUGGAUACAUGUGUGGUAAUUUGAUGCUGUAUUUUACGAGCUAUCUAUGUAAAUACGUUUUUUACUAAUUGUCUAUCCGUUCGAACAUAAUUGCAAUAUAAUUUUGGAUAAAGCAUCGAUAAAUCAUUGAAACUUUUUAUUUAAUACAUGUCUCAGUUUUAACGAAUUUCAAGAUCAACAUAUAAAUUUAAGUAAAUAUUUUUCAGUAUCAAAUACCAGUGUUAUUUUUUACAACAAAUAUUUGAAAAAUGUAAUAAUGAUAAUAAUAAUGUAAUAUAUUUUUUACAUUUAUAUGUAUACAUAUAUAUAUUGACAUGGAUGUAAAUUUUACAAAUCAUGUUUUUAAAUUGCAUUGAAAGAUAUAUUGCAUGAAAUAAUGGAUAAUGAUAUUAUUUGGGAAGAGUGGUAUUUAUGGUUUCUGUUUAUAAUCUUGCUCAGUUUUUAAGUUUCUAUUGUAAAAACAAAAAUAAAAAUAAAUACAAAUAAAUCAAACA